AUGGAGCCAGAACUAAUAAACACACGCGGAGAGGAGAACAUAAAUCCAUCAAAACAAACUCUGAGCAAUGGAUACACAAAUCAGGACGGAAUGACACAUGCUCUCGCUUCCCAUUCAAUCAAUACCGUUGCCAACGGGUACCCAUCGAACACAAACAGUAUGAUUCAUUGCAACUACAAUCUCUAUGCGACUGCGAAUCAAUCGGGAUCCAACUACAGCAAGCCGACUACAGCUUUGAUUGAACAAAGCGGAAAUUCAUCUCUCGGUUCAACGUCUGUUACCGUCUCACCUGUUUCCAGCGACAGUUGUUCGUCCGGCAGGAAUUCGAGCUCACCAGAUUCCUUUGUGAGCGCGUCACCCGGACAGUCAGUUGACCGAGCACAUUCAUCAUCUAUGAAUGGAGGACAGGAUUUGACCCUACAUGAAUUUGAAAUUGUGCAAGAAAAGAUCAAGCGGGAGGGAACAUACGGAAUUACAAAACCACCAUAUUCAUACAUUUCAUUGAUUUCUAUGGCUAUGAAACAGUCCCCCAAGGGUCAACUGUCACUCUCAGGAAUUUACAACUGGAUAAUGGGAAUUUUUCCGUUCUACCGGGAUAAUCAACAAAGAUGGCAGAACUCGGUUCGCCAUUCCUUAUCAUUCAAUGACUGCUUUGUGAAAGUUGCAAGACCUCUCAAUGAACCGGGCAAAGGAUGUUAUUGGACACUCCACGAAAAGUGCGGAGAGAUGUUUGGAAACGGAGGCCACCUUCGGCGUCAAUCACGAUUCAAAGUGAAGGAGCGUGCGCAACCGAAAAAGAAGAAGAUCACUAACUCAAAACAGACAGUUGUGCCAAAGAUAGAGAUAAAGGAGGAGGAACCGGAUGAGCUCUCCAAUCCGUCUCUUGGUGCGAGCCCUGUGACAGCGGCAGAGCAACAAGAAGAUGUGAAAACAAUGCAAAAUGUAACCUCAGCGGCAGCUGGAGCUGUGUCGGUGUCACAUGACCAUUCGUCUUGGGGUGAAGCCAGCAAUCAUUACCAAUCCGCUCCAGUCAUUUUUAGUCCUCAGAUUUUUGAAGCAGCAGAGCCACAGACGAACCUCAACGAUCUCUAUCCAUUGUCGUACGAAUACAACGAUUUCUCGACAAGUAUUCAUCAAUCACAAAACUAUUCGAGUAACUCCAGUUUUUACAAUCCGGCUGGUUCUAAUGUCAAUGACUACGAUGGAUAUGAAAAUACAAUCUAUAGCUCGAGCGACCCAACCUCUGCAAGAUAUCUCUGA